AAGGCGUCUUUUUUGUAUAUGUAUAUUUUGUGAUGGCGCCGCCCAUUAAACGUGUUGUGGACCAAGCUAGUAAUACGGGCCGCAGCAGUGGAAGCAACAACCACGCGACCAAUUCCGUGGGCACUGGUACCGGCGCAGUGCCCAAACAGCAACAGACAAAUUCAGGUGGAGCCGCCGCACCUGCCAACAGAUCGGCACGUUCCAGACGCCAUCAGGAGCAUCUGGGAGAGCCAGACAUGGACUUUGUGGAACCUCUGCAACGGGAAACACUAAAAACACUAAAUGAUCUGCUGCAGCGAACUCGCAUCACCAACGGGCAGAUCCGCUCCCAGGAGGACCAACAGUCUGCCAUAUCAACAACCACAUCGCCAGGAGUACAGCAACACCAGCGGGAGGCACUGCGUCAUUUGGCUGCGGAGCACAACAGCUACGACCCAACAGAGCAAUUGCAGGAGCAGCAGCAGCGCUAUUGCUUUCCCGUCCGUCCCGUGCAGCGAGUCCAGCAUCAGCCGUCAACUGCUGCCCCGCCUUCCGCGUCGUCGGCGCUGCUACGUUUGCGUCAAUCGACGCCCCCGAAUGCCACAGUAGGUGUGGUCAUACCCAACGCGACCACAACCAACGGCAACGAAGAGCACUUGAUUCAGUUCGCCGGUGGACUGCAGACGCUUGUCCAACGAUUGCUUGGCGUCGCCUUGGGCCCCCGAGGCGAAGGAGCUCGCCCACAGCUUGAGGUUUUUCGCUCGCUGAUGGAAUUCGAUGAUAAUUUGAAUAACAGCAGACUGCAAACGAACGGAAUCUUAGCGGAGCAGCUGAAGAACAUGGUGCACGAGAUCAAUCCCAGCGUCGAGCAGGAAGAGGGCAUUGUCAAUUCCACCAGCCUGGAGGAUGUGGCAUUGAGUGAGAUGAGCGACAAUCGCGCCCAGUCGAUACAAUCGCUGCAUAGCGUCCUGGAGACGCCCACACCCGAUGCAACACCUAGCUUCGAUGAGCUGCAGCAGCGCCUGGAUGCCUCCAAUCGAAAUAUGCAGCAUCUUCAGGAUGAGCAGGCCAAGCUGGUGCACAUUCAGAAUAUGGCCAAAACGCAUCUCAGCGAGAUGGAGCAGCUGCGCCAGCAGGCCAGCCACAUGCCUCACUCGAGCAACGGCGGCGAGGGGCCCAACUAUGAGUCGGUGCAACAGGUCCAGGACGACAUGGCCUCGCUGGUGGGGCGCAUGAAAUGUCUCACCGCAUUUAUACAUAAUCAAAACGAGCUGAGCAGCGUCCUGGGUGACGACGGUCCAGAGAUCCUGGCCGAGCAGGAGGCUCUGCAGGAGAAGCUCGAAUCGUUGCGCAGUCAGCGCGAGGAUAUGCGGAAUCUCGUCGAUCAAUUGAACAUCAUCAAUCAAUCGGCUAAGGAGACCUGUCGGGCAGUGAGAGAAGCCAAAAACGAUACUCCACCACCGGCCAAUCCGGUGCCGGCUCCGACUCCUGCCGCUGAUCCAGUGUCCACCACGGAUCGCGUGGUUCCCGUGGAGUAUCAGCGGAAUGUACCCAUCCUGCGGCAGGAGGCGGCCAAUGCCGCUCAGCGUGCACACCACGCCCAGACCAUGAUUAACCAAAAGACGGCAGACAUUGAUGCCCUCAAGGCACAAAUGGCCCGGCUCAAGGGCAUGCUGAAUACGGUCAGCCAGAUUGAGGAUUCAACGCCGAGCGUCGGUGACCUUUUAGAGCGGGAGCGGGAACUGGAGAGUGCGAGCAUCGAACGACAGCUGCUCCCAGACGAUCUUAACCAUCGUGUGCACACCCUCAGCGAUGUCACGUCGGAGCUGAGGGCCGAGGCAGCCAGCCUGCAAAAGGAACGCGACCGUAUCUUGGCCUUGAAGGCGGAGAUCGAGCGACGCAAGCAGCAGGCGGCCGCCGCCGUCCAGAUGGGCGAGGAGGCGCUGAAGAGAAGCAGCCUGACGCCGACGCCCACGCCCAUGAGGCAGCGUGAAGAAGCGCAUGAAGAGGAGCCCUCCGAGGUAGAGACCUCCUUGCAGGCCACUCCCCCUCGGGAGCAACUGCACGACGAAUUGCGACUGCAGUGCGAGCGUCUGCGGAAGGAAUACGAGCAGAAGCAGCGCGAGCUCGAGCAACGCUACAUGAAUAGCAACAACACCACCUCGGAGGCAGACGACGAGGGCAACGAUGACACCGAUAGUGACAAGUACUUUGCCAAUGUGCGCACGGCAUCCUCGGCCACCCUGAAACGUGCUCCCUCGGCCAGCACAGUGGUGGAGCAGCGACGCGCGCAGCCAGCCAACAACCCACCACCUCCUCCUAUCCACAAUGAGGAGGAUCUCAAUGUGACCAUCGAUACGCUGUCGCUUGGCAACGAUAGCCUGCUCUCGAGCAGCGCUAGAUCGCAGUACAUGCCACCGCCCAUGGCGCCAGUACAGGGUAUGUGGGCAUCGCACAAUGCCAGCAAUGCCUGGAAUGCUGCUCAGCAACCCAUCUAUGCCCAAGCGCAGCCCAGCAACGUAGAGUGCAAGUCAGCUCCGAAUGCACCACAGGCCACAUCCUCUAAUGCCUCCGGCUCGAAUACCACCGCCGAUGCCGUGAUGUUGCAGCAGUUCAUGCAGGCCCAGCAGAUGCUUAUCAACUCGGUCUGCCAGUGCAAUCAGAGCUUGUGGCACCAGCAGCGCGAGAUCGAUAAUCUCACCAAUCAAGUGCAUGCGCUCCAGGAUCGCUUAAACGUUGCGGGAUGUCAGGAUCAUAGCUACGGCUUGCGCUCAGAGUCUGUGCCGCCGCCGAACCUCUCGGUGGGGGCUCCCAUUCUGGGCCAAAUGCCCAACAAUUUGUGCCUGGGCGGCAGUAACCACCGGGCCCAGUCUGAGCAGUUGUUCACUUUCGGCGCCCAUCAAAGUGGCCACCAGAGCGCCUUUAGCAACUAUCAGCGCAGCUGUCACCGUAAUGGGGGAACGGCAGGAAGUGUUUACAGCACCAGUAGCGAUGCCCAUCAGCAGCAGCAGCAGCCGUUCCUCAACAAUGCGGCCCCACCACCGCCACCGACACACUUCAACAACGAGACGCCGCUGUCUCCACCCUCAUAUCGCGCCAGUCCGGGACCCAUCUUCAUGAAUCACCACAACAACACCAUCCACCAGAACAAUGCGAAUCUGCGCACCCAGAAUCAGCAUGCCAACAAUUUGCAUUCGCUGCCAGUGGCUGGAGUAGGAGCAGCUGUCGCACCACCGCCACUGCAGCCGACGCUGAAUAACCAGGUGCCGCCCGGCAAUCGUGCCAACAACUACUGGGAUAACUUCCGAAGCUACUCACGGCAGAAUCUGCUCUCCAACAAGAGCAAUGAGGAGCUGAAUGUGGACCAUCAGCAGUAUCGCCGUCAAAGGUCGCGUCUCAGCUAUUUUCCGUCGCAUGGUGCCGUGCCAUGCUCGCGCAGCACCUCCGCCGCAAGCCUAUCUUUCCAACAACAACCGCAGCAGCAGCAACGGCAGCACCACUUCUUCGAGUCGUCUCCACUAACAAGCUCUUUGCAUGGCAGCAGCUGCAUCAUCAACAGCAAUAAUCUAAACAAUACCACUAGUGGGGGCAGAAAGCGGGACUGGCGGGACGAGCCACAGCUCGUGGACGAGGACUUGGACGAGGUGGAGGAGAACAAUGACAAUGCCAUCUAUGGCGGUGGCAGGCGACGUAAUCGUCGUCGUCCGGCGGCCUCCCCACUGCUUGAUGAUGAUGCCGAUCAGUCGAGCUCUUCCAAUUUGGUCAACAUGAACGUCAACUUCGGCAACAGUCCAUUGUAUCAGCGCAAUAAGGUGCCGGCCAAGCCCUCAACUUCGGCAGUUUCACUAACACCACUACAGCAGCGUCAUCUGCGCUUUGAUUUCGAGCUGCCAGCGCAGUAUAUCGACUACGACUUGCCUCAGGCCGCGGCGGCUGCACCAGCGGCACCACCCAUCGAUCCUUCCGCCUUCAAUCAAGAGGCAGGAGGAGUGCCAGCGGAUGAAUCCAAUGCUUUGGAGCAGAGCGAGGAGACCGCCUCCGAGGAACUGAAUCGGAAUCUGCUUGUUAAUGCAUUGAAAAACGAUAAGUUCACGACCAAGUUCUACGAAUCCAUCAAGGAGGAUGUCUACAGGCGGUUGGAAACGCUAUUCGAGCAGCAGCAGCAGCAACAGCAACAUCAUCAACAGCUGCAGCAGAGCCAGGAGACGCAUAGCCUGAGGAAGGCCCUCAACCAGGGAACUUCCCUGCCUGCACAGGCGGCACAGGAGCAAGAGAACGAGGCAGAGAACGAAGCUUCUAAUGCGGAGGGCACAGAAAGCCGCAGCGAAACACCUUUGGAGGUGAUGAGCCUGCAAUUGGACAAUGACAGGCCAGAGGACGAGAAGGGAUCCCCUUCGAAGCCAGCCCAGAACGGGCACGCCCAAGCCCUGGAGCUGAGCGAGGCGGCAUACGCAGGCUCCGGUUCCGCUUCUGCUGUUAGGACAGAGAACGAAGAGCAAAUAAUUGAGGCGGCCCUUGAGCCUGCCACAUCGGCGGGGGCGGGGGCAGUGACCAGCGUGGAGCUGGCUCCGGAUCACGAGCUGAUCGAGUACAUCAUCAAGCGCAUUCGCAACCAGACGCACAACAACACUAUUAUUAACGACUCCCUGCUGGCCGAGGUCUCCAAGCUGACGGCGACGGCCGCACAAAACUCUGCCGCCAAUUGGGCUCAAAACACUUCCUCGCCCCUCAUUUCGCCCAAGCGGAUCUUCGCCAAGAUUAAGAAAAUGGAUAUACCCCGGCAACGGGAUGAGUUCCUUAUCUGGUAUCGCUCGUAUUUGGAGCAACUCUUUGUUGUGGAGCAUCCGAAAGCAGACUGCCAAGCCAAGUCAAAAGUGUCCUCCACCAGCAGCCCCAAAAAGCAGACAAAUAAGCGAGUGCGCAAGCAGUCUCAGUCCCAAUCACAGGACUCCAACAAUGAUGCCGAUCUUGCCGAGGCUGACCAGAAGAAUGUCUCCUCCUCCAACGGAAACGGGGAGCUCGAGUGCGAAAACAACGAGAAUCCCGACGAGGAGGCCGAUGCUGAUACGCAUGCGGAUGGCCUCGCUGCCGGUGAUUCGGGGGAUGGGGGAAAGCAGGAUAUCAGUCUAAACUAGCAACGAUAUACCCAACCCUACGUACACACCCACACAUACACAUUCCUAAUCGCACGUAAAACAUAAGACACUUACAUAUACACGCUAGGGGAAUCCUCGCUCACUCUCCAUCUUCAUCGCUAGAAAGUGGUAAAUUUUUGUUCGUGUUUCCGUUUAGUUUUCAUUUCGCGUUUUAGUUAGUUGUAUAACUACUUUAAAUUACAUUAUAACAAUUAUA